CACCAGUAUCUGAUGCCAGAGAACGUGGUGGAGGAGAAGAUCAAGGAGCUGGACCUGAACAUGGUGAUGGCCGAGAUCCGCAGGGAGGGGAGGCCUGGAGCCCAGUGGAGGUACUCAGAGGUUUCCUUCCUGGAGCUUGACAAGUUCUUGGAGGAUGUCAGGAACGGGAUUUACCCCCUGAUGAACUUCGCCGUGUCCAGACCCCACGCGCUGCCCCGGGUGCUGUCCCAGCCCCAGGAGGAUCCCCAGAAAGCCAAGACUCCCACCCCGGAGCCCUUCGACGUGGAGACCAGGAAG